CGGUGCAGCCCGGCGCUGGCGCCCCGCAGCCCCUGCCCCGCCGUGCCCGGAGCUCAGGACCCUGCGGAGGGGUAAGAGCGUCUCCCGCCCUCCUCUGCUCUGUCGCCGGCUCAUCCCAGCCACCUACACCCCAGCCCCUGUCCCUCGCCCGUCCCAGCCCGCCCGGCCUUGCACCCCGGAAGCCAUCGCGAGGAGGGCUGUGGCCGGGCUCAGCCCCGCGCUGCCCCCAGGCGGCCAGGAGGAGAUGGCCCAGGGGAGCAGAGAGCGGGAAGUCGCUCUUACCACCCGGGCCGAGGUCUGUUUCCCGCCCCCAAACCCCGAAAUGGAAGAGCUGCUCCGUAGCGUGGAGAGGGACCUGAACAUCGAUGCUCGGCAGCUGGCUCCGGCCCCGGGGGGCACGCACGUGGUGGCCCUAGUGCCCGUUCGCUGGCUGGCCAGCCUCCGUGAGCGCCGGCUGCCCCUGGGACCCUGCCCCCGGGCAGAAGGCCUGGCAGAAGCGGAAGUAAGGACUCUCCUGCAACGCUCGGUGCAGAGGCUGCCUCUGGGCUGGACGCGCGUGGAGGUGCAUGGGCUGCGGAAACGGAGACUGUUCUACCCGCUGGGCGGGGGCCUGCCCUUUGAGGAGAGGUCCUGCAGCUCAGAGACCCUCAGUCUCUUCAUGCAGGAGGUGGCUGCCCAGAAUUACCGCAACCUGUGGCGCCAUGCAUACCGCACUUAUGGGCAGCCCUACAGUCAUAGCCCUGCCCCUUCAGCUGUCCCUGCCCUGGACUCAGUACGACAGGCUCUGCAGAGGGUCUAUGGUUGCUCCUUCCUGCCAGUGGGUGAAGCUAGUCAAUGCCCAUCAUAUGCCAGAGAUGGCCCCUGUUCCCCACGGGGCAGCCCUGUCUGCCCCAGUCUUUUGCCAGCUGAGGCCCUGCUGGAGUCGCUGGAGAUGCUAUAUGUGGUACACCCUUACGUGCAGUUCUCCCUACAUGAUGUGGUCACCUUCAGCCCUGCCAAGCUGAUCAACAGCCAAGCUAAGGUGCUCUUCAUUCUCUUCCGUGUGCUAAGGGCCAUGGAUGCCUGUCAUCGCCAGGGGCUGGCUUGUGGGGCCCUGUCUUUGCACCACAUCGCUGUGGAUGAGAAGCUUUGCAGUGAGCUCCGGCUGGACCUGAGUGCUUUUGAGAGGCCCAAGGAGAAUGAGAAGGAGGAGAUCCCUGUAGCAAGGGAUGGGGAAGGCAUUAAGUCUAAAGAGGAGGGGGGAAGGGGACCUGGGUGUCCCACAUGCCAGGAGGAGCUUAGGGGCCUUGUGGUAGACUGGGUCCAUGGCCGCAUCAGCAACUUCUACUACCUCAUGCAGCUGAAUCGAUUGGCAGGUCGGCGGCAGGGGGAUCCCAACUACCACCCAGUGCUGCCCUGGGUGGUGGACUUCACCAUGCCCCAUGGGCGCUUCCGUGACCUGCGCAAGUCCAAGUUCCGACUCAACAAGGGGGAUAAGCAACUGGACUUCACAUAUGAGAUGACUCGGCAGGCAUUUGUAGCAGGUGGUGCAGGUGGUGGGGAGCCACCCCAUGUUCCUCACCACAUUUCAGACGUACUCUCCGACAUCACAUACUAUGUGUACAAGGCUCGGCGCACUCCCCGGUCAGUGCUCUGUGGACAUGUCCGAGCACAAUGGGAGCCCCAUGAAUAUCCCGCCAGCAUGGAGCGUAUGCAGAACUGGACACCCGAUGAGUGUAUCCCUGAGUUCUACACCGAUCCGUCUAUCUUCUGCUCCAUCCACCCUGACAUGCCUGACCUGGAUGUGCCAUCCUGGUGCAGCUCCAACCAGGAGUUUGUGGCUGCCCACCAAGCGCUGCUAGAGAGCCGUGAGGUGUCCCAGGACCUGCACCACUGGAUUGACCUCACCUUUGGCUACAAACUCCAGGGCAAGGAGGCUGUGAAGGAAAAAAAUGUGUGUCUGCACCUGGUGGAUGCCCACACCCACCUGACCAGCUAUGGCGUGGUGCAGCUCUUUGAUCAGCCGCACCCUCAGCGCCUGGCUGGGGCUCCUGCCCUUGCCCCUGAGCCACCGCUCAUCCCUAGGCUGUUAGUUCAGACCAUCCAGGAGACCACAGGCCGGGAGGACUUCCCAGGACAACUUACAAAUGGGGUCAAUAGGCUGGUUUUGGAGGCCACUCCCUGUGAGACUGGCUGGACAAGAGAUAGGCCUGUGGCAGUGGAGGAUGACUUGGAGCAGGCCACAGAAGCUCUGGAUUCCAUCUCCCUUGCUGGAAAAGCAGGUGAUCAGCUGGGCUCCUCCUCUGGUCAAGUGUCCCCUGGCCUCCUGUCUUUCUCAGCGGCCACAGCGUCUCGACCAGGCCGCAGGAGCAAAGCUGUUGGGCCAGACUUUGGGGAGGCUGAGGAGGGAAAGAUCUUUCUUCCUGAGGGCUUCAAUCCCCUGCAAUCUCUGGAGGAACUGGAGAAAAUGGGCAACUUCCUGGCCAAAGGCCUAGGGAGUCAGUUGGAGGUACCUGAGCAGUCCCAGGUCCAGCCACCUGUGCAGCUACAGGACCUCUUCCAUCGGGACAUGCAGGCACUGGGAGUCCUGUUGGCUGAGAUGGUGUUUGCCACAAGGGUCCGGAUACUGCCACCUGAUGCACCUUUGUGGGUACGCUUUGAGGCUGUUUGGGGGCUCUGUGCACGCCACCCCAAGGAGGUCCCUGUGUCUCUGCAGCCCGUGCUGGACACACUCCUGCAGCUGAGUGGACCUGAAGGCUCCAUGGUAGCGGAGAGGGGCAAGCAGGACCCACUGUUUGAGUACAGACCUGUCUCUCAGGGAUUGCCCCCACCCUGCCCAGCCCAGCUCCUCAGCCCCUUCAGCUCCGUGGUUCCCUUCCCUCCAUACUUCCCGGCGCUGCACAAGUUCAUUCUCCUGUACCAAGCGAGGCGUGUAGAGGAUGAGGCCCAGGGACGGGAGCUGGUAUUUGCUCUGUGGCAGCAACUGGGUGCAGUGCUGAGUGACAUUACCCCUGAAGGCCUAGAGAUCCUGCUGCCUUUCGUGCUGUCACUCAUGUCAGAGGAGCACACGGCUGUGUACACGGCCUGGUACCUAUUUGAACCUGUUGCCAAGGCACUAGGCCCCAAAAAUGCCAAUAAGUACCUCCUGAAGCCUCUUAUUGGCGCUUACGAGAGCCCCUGCCGGCUACAUGGCCGCUUCUACUUGUACACUGACUGCUUUGUGGCCCAGCUGAUGGUGCGGCUGGGCCUCCAGGCCUUUCUUGUCCACCUGCUGCCACAUGUCCUGCAGGUGCUGGCUGGUGUGGAAGCCUCCCAGGAGGAAAGCAAGGGCCUGGUGGGGGUUGCCGAGGAUGAGGAAAGUGGGCUCCCAGGGGCUGGGCCCAGCUCCUGUGCCUUUGGGGAGGAGAUUCAGAUGGACGGGGAGCCUGCUGCCUCCUCGGGCCUGGAGCUACUGGACUACACAUCUGGUGUCAGCUUCCACGACCAGGCCGACCUUCCUGAGACAGAAGACUUCCAAGCCGGGCUCUACGUGGCUGAGUCUCCACAGCCCCAGGAGGCUGAGGCUGUGAGCCUGGGCCGGCUGAGCGACAAGAGCAGUACCAGCGAGACCUCCCUGGGCGAGGAGCGGGUUGCAGACGAGGGGGGUAUCCCUGUGGACAAGAGUAGCGUCAGGUCAGGGGACAGCAGCCAGGACUUGAAGCAAAGUGAGGGCUCAGAAGAGGAAGAGGAGGAGGAGGAGGAAGACUGUGUGGUGUUGGAGGAGGAGGAGGUGGAGCAGGACGAGGUCACUGGGGAAUCUGAGCUCACUCUGUCCGACACGGUGCUAUCUAUGGAGACAGUUGUGGCUGGUGGCGGUGGGGGAGACGAGGAAGAAGAGGAACCACUGACCGAGCAGUCAGAAGGCAAAGAACAGAAGAUCCUCCUUGAUACAGCCUGCAAGAUGGUUCGCUGGCUGUCGGCCAAGCUUGGCCCCACAGUGGCCUCUCGCCACGUGGCCCGGAACCUGCUCCGCCUGCUGACGUCAUGUUAUGUUGGGCCCACUGGGCAGCAGUUCACGGUGAGCAGUGGCGAAAGCCCCCCACUGAGUGCCGGCAACAUCUACCAGAAGAGGCCAGUACUAGGCGACAUAGUAUCGGGGCCUGUGCUCAGCUGCCUCCUCCACAUCGCCCACCUGUAUGGGGAGCCCGUCCUUACCUAUCAGUACCUGCCCUACAUCAGCUACCUGGUGGCCCCAGGUAGCUCCUCAGGCCCCAGCCGACUGAACAGCCGUAAGGAGGCAGGGCUGCUGGCCGCAGUGACACUGACUCAGAAGAUCAUCGUGUACCUCUCAGACACCACCCUCAUGGACAUCCUGCCCCGGAUCAGCCACGAGGUCUUGCUGCCCGUGCUCAGCUUCCUCACAUCCCUCGUCACAGGGUUCCCAAGUGGGGCCCAGGCCCGGACUGUGCUGUGUAUGAAAACCAUCAGCCUCAUCGCCCUUAUCUGCCUGCGUAUCGGACAGGAGAUGGUCCAGCAGCACCUGAGUGAGCCCGUGGCCACCUUCUUUCAAGUCUUCUCUCAGCUGCAUGAGCUUCAGCAGCAGGAUCUGAAGCUGGAUCCCGCAGGCCACAGUGAGGGCCAGCUGCCGGAGGUGGCUCUCUCUGAUGGGCAGCAGCGGCCCGUGGACCCCAUUGUGCUGGACGAGCUGCAGAAGGUGUUCACCUUGGAGAUGGCAUACACGAUCUACGUGCCCUUCUCCUGCCUGUUGGGUGACAUCAUCCGGAAAAUCAUCCCCAACCAUGAGCUAGUUGGGGAGCUGGCGGGGCUGUAUUUGGAGAGCAUCAGCCCAAGCAGGCGCAACCCUGCCAGUGUGGAGCCCACCGUGCCCAGCACCAGCCCUGAGUGGGACCCUCAGGGUGGGGUCUUCCCCCAGGAUGAUGGCCACUCAGGAACCUUUGGGAGUGUCCUGAUUGGGAAUCGCAUCCAGAUCCCCAAUGACUCUCAGCCUGAGAGCCCGGGCCCCCUGGGCCCCAUCUCUGGGGUGGGUGGUGGGGGCCUAAGCAGCAGAAGCGAGGACAACGCCCUGAAGCAGGAGCUUCCGCGGAGUGCCCAUGGACUGAGUGGGAACUGGCUGGCGUACUGGCAGUAUGAGAUUGGUGUGAGCCAGCAGGAUGCCCACUUCCACUUCCACCAGAUCCGCCUGCAGAGCUUCCCCGGCCACUCAGGGGCUGUCAAGUGUUUGGCGCCCCUGAGCAACGAGGACUUCUUCCUGAGUGGCAGCAAGGAUCGUACUGUGCGCCUCUGGCCACUGUACAACUAUGGCGAUGGUACCAGUGAGACAGCCCCACGCCUUGUCUACACCCAGCAUCGCAAGAGUGUCUUCUAUGUGGGCCAGCUUGAGGCCCUGCAAUAUGUGGUGAGCUGUGAUGGGUCUGUGCACGUCUGGGACCCCUUCACAGGGAAGACUCUCCGCACAGUGGAGCCGUUGGACAGCCGGGUGCCCCUGACCGCUGUGGUUGUCAUGCCUGCCCCCCACACCAGCAUCACCAUGGCAAGCUCUGACUCUACCCUGCGCUUUGUGGACUGCAGGAAGCCUGGCCUGCAGCACGAGUUCCGCCUGGGUGGCGGGCUGAACCCUGGGCUUGUCCGCUCCCUGGCGGUCAGCCCCAGUGGCCGUAGCGUCGUGGCUGGCUUCUCUUCCGGCUUCAUGGUGCUCCUGGAUACUCGCACAGGCCUGGUUCUGCGAGGCUGGCCAGCCCAUGAGGGGGACAUUCUGCAGAUCAAGGCGGUGGAGGGCAGUGUCCUGGUCAGCUCCUCCUCUGACCACUCCUUGACCGUCUGGAAGGAGCUGGAGCAGAAGCCCACGCACCACUACAAAUCAGCAUCUGAUCCCAUCCACACCUUCGACCUGUACGGCAGUGAGGUGGUCACUGGUACCGUGGCCAACAAGAUUGGCGUCUGCUCCCUGCUUGAGCCACCCUCCCAGGCCACCACGAAGCUCAGCUCUGAGAACUUCCGCGGCACGCUCACCAGUCUGGCCUUACUGCCCACCAAACGCCACCUCCUGCUGGGCUCAGACAAUGGGGUCAUCCGCCUCCUGGCAUAGGCUGAGAUGGCAGCUGGCUGGGAAAGGGUGGGCAUACAUCCCUGCGAGUCCAGCUUUCCAUGUUCCCCUAGCAGUUCCCUCCAGGGAGGUCCCAGGCCCCAUGCCCUGUGUACCCACAUGGCCUGUCUGCUAGGGCCUCCAACUUUGGCGGGUCCUGGCCCCUGAAUCCCAGAGCCACCAAGGCUGCCAGAAGGGGUUUCAUUCAUGGUUCAGGGACAUGCUGCUCCUAGCCAGCAGGAAGUAAAGAGAGCAGGGUAAAGCAUUGCUCCCCUUGCUUCUUUCCAACUCUGCCCUCUGGGUCCACAUUGGGCAAGGAAGCUCUGGAGAGAAGAAGAGAGACUGGCCCUUCCUGUCUCUAGCCAGGGACCCGCCCCCUCACUCUUGCUGGGCUCUCUCUGCCCCUGUCCCUUAAGGACAAGGAAGCUGCCCCAGUGCAGGGCACUGAUGGUGCUUGGACUACAACCUAAGGAGGGCUAGCCAUGGUCCAGGAAUUAAGGGCCUGUUCUGGGGUUUCAGUGUCCACCCAUCCAGGCCCAGCCCAGUGUGGGGACCAGGAGGGGACGAAAAAGGCUCAGGAGAGAGAAGGUGGGUUGGGCCAGCUGAUGCCUGCCAGGAGUGGCCCCAUGCCUUGCCUGCCCACCCCUAACCACAGUGUUUGUGCCUUGAGCUGAGGAGGCAGCCCCUGGGCCCAGAACCCCUGGGGAGGAGUGGGUGUCUAAGACGCUGAGAGAAGGAGCAAGAAGAAUCAUCUCUGUAUCCCAGGUCUCCCAGGAGACAGGCAGACCCAGAUAUCCCUGGGUCCUCACAUUCUGGAACAGACAUGAGGUCUGAGAGUUGGCCCCUGCUGCCUCCUCACUAUUUGCAAUAGAUGUAAAUAUGACCAAUAAAUCUUUUGG